AUGACGGACCGCUGCAAGAAGCUUAUCUGUUCUGUCUGGAGGGCAGAAAUAAAGGGACAUUGCUUAAGAUCGACGAACACCGAUUGUUCCUGGUACCUUCAAUUCUGCAAUAAGGUGCCCGUCAACCCUUGUGGUGUCGGGCAUGCGUGUGAGGUCAAUACCAGUGGUCUGGACCCACUCUCCAUAGGAACCUUCCAGAAACUACUUCCACAGGACCAUUCAAGCUUCAUUGUCAAGUUUGAAGAGGCCGAUGGGAGCAACGCAACCAAGUGCAAGGAUAAGAAAAUUGUGGUCAAUCUGAUCUUUAGUUGCGACGAGAAAAAAAACAUUGUCGUCGGGCCAGGGGCCGAGCUAACAAAGCUUGAUUACACUCCACUCAUUGUUUCUACUGAAUGCGAGCGCAACCUCACAAUCCCGUUUUCUGGUGCCUGCACUCCAGAGGCACCCACUGGUGGUUUGAGCGCCGGAUCUGUUCUACUAAUCCUGUUCUUCAUUGCACUUCUGGUCUACCUGGUUGGCGGCAUCCUGAUCAACCACAACAAUGGGGCACGCGGCUGGGAGAUGGUGCCCCACCACCAGUUCUGGAGCGAGCUGCCCGGACUCUGCGUGGACGGCUGUGUGUUCUUCGUCAAGUACAUCACCUGCCAGGGCGGCCCAGUGAGCUACGGAAUGCCGGGAGGCGGUGGAAACAGGAGCUACGACAACAUCUGAAAAUCUGCCCACCCUUUUUGAGAAGGAAAAUUAAGAAACUUUCAAAUGGAAUGUUCGUACACAGGUUGAGAGGUUGUUAGGCAAAGCCAACUUGUGUCCACAGUGCUAUGAUUGCCUUGGCUGCAAGGCUUCCAGUCCAUGCAUCUCUGCAGGUUCGCCCAUGGAAAUUUGUGCGUGUCUUUUUCUUCCAUGCACAGAGCACCCAUCCCACAAUGGCCAUGUGAAUUCGCACGCAAGUUUGACCUGUGUGCUGAGAAACUCUGCUCGCCGACUAGAACUGCACGGCAUUUUUUAGUUAGUCCUGCAUUGACUGGAGCACUGGAGAGUAUAUUAGUAUAUUUAAUGUCAAAAUAUAGCGAAUUUCAUGAAUGUGGCCCUGUGAGAUUAAGUGCCUUGCCACUUUUCUUUUUUUUAACACAAAUGUUCACAAUAAUAUGUAGCAUUCUGUUGAAUAGCGUUUUUGCAUAGACUCAUUUUUGUUAUGCGUCUUUCAGGUGUGCAAUAUUGUUUUGUUGUCAUCAUGUUUGUAUGCGCGUGUGCCUGUUUUUAUACAACCGGUGUGGUGUACGGUAACUGUAACACUUGGCUGCACAUAAUUCUUGGGAGAUGACUUCUCGUCCAUCAAGUGCCUCUGAUGCAAUCCAGCUGGUUCCUAGAUCUUGUCAAGCUGUACACCAUCUCCAGCAGUGUUUUUGAUAGUGAUGUUACGGAAAUGAAAUAAAUAUUGCGUUACUUAAAG